AUGCCGCCACAUCUACAUCCUCGGUCGCGGUCAACCACCGGCCUGUUCGCCGGGACCCUCCUCGCAUCCCUCCUGGUGGUCGGCAUGCCGCAUGUCUUCCCCUGCCCAUCCCCAAGACGUACAUUCGCCGAUUCAGAGAUGAUCAUGACAGCCGAUGGACAACAAGUACCCCGAGUUCGCCGCAGAAGACGAAAGGAUUUGGAAAUGAGCCCAGAUGGCAGUCAUCUGGGUGGCCCCACGCCAGUCGUUGUGGAUGAGGAGGUCACAACGUUCCUUCAGAUGGAGGAGGAAGCAGAGAACCUUUCACACAUCAACCGGGAAUGUCCCGUUCCCAAACCGAAGGGUGUUCUAGGCGAAUUGCUGGGCUUCCGCAACAUUCAACAGAAUGCUCAGCCGCAACCAAGCGGCGUACGCUAUCUAGUAGGCGGAGCUUCGGCCACCUUGAAUGUUCCCCCCGUCAACCAUCGAGCGUACCUCGCCAUGGCAUUGACAGCCAAGGUCUUCGUCUACGACGUGCUCACCAAUCCACGUCAUACAAAAUGGAUCGGGCCUCUACUCAUUCUAGGCGAUGCGCUUCUCUGCGCCCUCGUCAUAUGGAAGAUUGCCUACACCGAGAUUGACUGGUCGACGUAUAUGCAACAAAUCUCUCUCUAUAUCUCUGGCGAACGCGAUUACCUCCUAAUAAAAGGCUCAACGGGCCCCCUCGUCUACCCCGCCGCCCACGUAUACAUCUACACCCUGCUCUACCACAUCACCGAUCAAGGCCGUGAUAUUCUCCUCGGCCAGGCGCUGUUUGCCGGUCUCUAUCUGGCUACGCUGGCUGUGGUAGUCGCCUGUUACAGACAAACGGGAGCACCUCCCUAUCUUUUCCCGCUCCUUGCUCUGUCCAAACGGCUGCAUAGCAUAUUCGUCUUGCGCAUGUUCAAUGAUGGCGUUGCUGCUUUCGCUAUGUGGGUUGCUAUCUACCUAUGUCUGAAACAAAAGUGGACGGCUGGAAUUGCAGUGUGGUCUUUUGGCGUUGCCAUCAAAAUGACACUCGUGCUGCUUGUACCUGCUAUUGCGGUCAUUGCUCUUCUCGGGCUGGGAUUGGCGCAAAGUAUUGCGCUUGGAGCUAUGGCUAUUCUCAUUCAGGUCCUACUUGCUAUUCCCUUUCUCCAGACCAACACUACAGGGUAUCUUUCUCGGGCCUUUGAACUAUCCCGCCAAUUUUUGUUCAAAUGGACAGUGAACUGGCGGUUUGUAGGUCAAGAAACGUUUCUGUCAAGGGAAUUCUCUGUGGGUCUGCUAGUGUUGCAUAUUUCGCUGUUGGCUAUCUUCCUCCUAAAGUGGGUGAAACCUUCAGGGAAGAACGUGGUUCGCUUCCUCCGGGAUACCCUCCAGGGACGUCAACAGUCCGUCCCACUUCCAAAGUCCUUCACCAUGACUGUGAUGUUGAGCUCACUGGCCAUCGGCUUGCUAUGCGCCAGGUCCUUGCAUUACCAGUUCUUCGCGUAUCUCGCGUGGGCAACCCCCUUUCUGCUCUGGCGCGCAGGCAUCCACCCAGUUCUUAUAUACGCCGUAUGGGCGCUGCAAGAGUGGGCUUGGAACGUUUUCCCCAGCACAAACGCAAGCUCGGCAGUCGUGGUGUUUUCACUCGCGGUCCAGGUCUUUGGCGUGUUGUUCAAUAGCUCGAGUGAGGUAGGUAAAAGUGACCAGCGGAGCAGCCGUGGUAAAGCGACUAUCCAAAAAUGA